AGUUUGUGUCAACGCUUCAUUCUGAUCAUGGUUGGCUUCGGUAAGUCUGAACCUAGAGCAGAUCAGCCGCCUGAGAUGCCUUUGCGUUUCUUGGAUUAUAUAUGGGCUGUAUGUAGUGUGGGGACGGGGCCCAUUAUAUUUAUAAAAUUCAUUAAAGGUAUAAAAUAGAGCCGUCAACCAAAGAAACUGAGCAGUGGCGUGUUGUCACCGCUGGCGAUGAAGAAUAAGUAAACGGAAUUUGUAAUGGCAGGCAAAGAAUCUGAUAUAUUUGGGGCAAAUCAAAUGUAAUCGGGGAGGUGUUAACAAUGGCGAAACUAAGAGUGGCGAUGGCGGUGGCGGUGGCGUUGGCGGCGAUGCUAAUGGGGGUUGCACAGGGGCAGUGCAGCAGAGUCUGUGAUUUGGCGCUGGGGUCUUAUUACGUUUCUCCCAAUUAUAACUUGAGCUAUAUUUUAAAUUUUUUCAACAGCGUUGCCAGUCAGGACAUCAUUGUGAAGUACAACUCAUUAAGCAAUGCAGAUGUCAUAAUUGCUGGCUCAAGGAUCAGGAUUCCUUUCUCCUGUGAUUGCCUUAGCCUGGAUGACGGCAGUACAUACCUGGGUCACCGUUUCCAAUACACCUUAAAAGGAAGCGACACGUACGAAAAAAUUGCAAAUUACUACGCUAACCUGACGAGCGUGGCGUGGCUGAGACAGACGAACCCCAGUUAUAACGAAUUGAAUCUUCCAGAAGGCGGACCUGUCAACGUCACUGUAAAUUGUUCGUGCGGGGAUUCCGCUGUGAGCAAUCUCUAUGGCCUUUUCCUCACGUAUCCUCUGCGGACUACAGACAAUCUCACCUCUCUUGAAAAAGAAUCCCAGAUUAACUCUACAUUCUUGUUAGCCUAUAACAAAAAUGUAAAUUUCAGCCAAGGGCAGGGCAUCGUUUUCAUUCCAGAUAAAGAUCUAAAUGGAAGUUAUCAUCCUCUAGCUACAAGUGGAGGCGGUGAGAAAUUUGGAAAUAAUUUCCUAGCUCUGGAAACAGGAAUUGGUGCGGGAGCAAUCGCUGGAAUUUCUGUUGGCAUUGUUGCUGCAUUAGCUUUUGUCGCUAUUGGGCUGUUUUAUUUCCAUAAGUCCAAAACAAAGAAGUCAUCUCUGCUACAAUCAACAAACAAAUAUGACUCUACAUUUAAUAAAGGUGGCAUGAACCAUUAUGCUGGAAAUGUGGAAAGCAUUGCAUUGACAGGAAGUGCAUCGCAGGGGCUUGCAGAUAUAACUGUAGAUAAGUCUGUUGAAUUCUCUUACCAGGAACUUGCUGAAGCCACAAAUGGUUUUAGCAUUGCCAAUAAAAUUGGCGAAGGUGGUUUUGGUGCUGUUUAUUAUGCAGAACUUCGAGGAGAGAAGGCAGCCAUAAAGAAAAUGGAUAUGCAAGCUACAAAGGAGUUCUUAGCUGAACUGAAGGUCCUUACACAUGUUCAUCACUUGAACCUGGUACGCUUAAUUGGUUACUGUACAGAGGAAUCUCUGUUUCUUGUCUAUGAAUUUAUUGAGAAUGGAAACUUAAGUCAGCACUUACGUGGAUCAGCGAUGGAACCACUGUCAUGGCCUUCUAGGGUACAAAUUGCACUUGAUUCUGCUAGAGGUUUAGAAUAUAUUCAUGAACACACUGUUCCAGUUUAUAUUCACCGAGAUAUUAAAUCAGCCAAUAUUUUGAUUGACAAAAACUACCGUAGCAAGGUUGCAGAUUUCGGAUUGACAAAACUCACAGAAGUGGGAGGUGCAUCAUCAACAUUGCCUACACGUCUAGUUGGAACAUUUGGAUAUAUGCCCCCAGAAUAUGCUCAAUUUGGAGAUGUCUCUCCUAAGGUGGAUGUUUAUGCAUUUGGAGUUGUUCUUUAUGAAAUCAUUUCAGCCAAGGAAGCUAUUGUGAAGAUUGAUGAUGUGUCAGCUGAAACAAAAGGACUUGUGACUGUGUUUGAGAGUAUUUUGAAUGACCCUAGUGGGCAUGAUCGUCUUCCAAGUUUAAUUGAUCCCCGGCUUGGACAGAAUUAUCCGCUGGAAUCGGCUAGAAAGAUGGCACAGCUUGCAAGAGCUUGCACUCAAGAGAACCCUCAGCUCCGUCCCAGUAUGAGAACAGUCGUGGUAGCGCUCAUGACACUUUCAUCUGCAACUGAGGAUUGGGAUGUUGGUACUGUUUAUGAAAACCAAGCUCUUGUGAAUCUAAUGUCAGGACGGUGAGGUAGCUGGAUAUUGAAUCUUAGAAUCAAUUGGGAACAAAUAAUUGUACUAAAUUGCUAGCAUAGUUCAACUUUGAUAUUCAUGUUUAAAUGCCUCGUUGCUGGGCUCUGAGAACCCAGUUUUACUAUUGUAAUCCAUCUUAUGAUGAAUUGAGUUUCCUAUCCAUUUGUGAAUUUCAAGGGAGAUCGUUCUGAAAGGUAUGGAUUACCGUGGCCAAAGCUCAGUUCAGAAUGAUUAUAGUUUAAUGAGAACUUGUACCAUAAAGAUGUAUAUUUGCACCUUAGAAAACAUAAAUGUCAAUUGGCAUCAGAUUUCUUCA